AUGGCCAAUGAAAUUAUUGUCCAAGAUUUAGAACUGCUGUCGUUGAUUGGUUUUGAUGGAAAUCCAUCAAAUGGCCUCAUAUUACAUCCAGAUGGUAUUCAUUUAGUUUACCCACUCGGGACUAACAUCACAGCCUACAACUGGUCCACCAAGGCUCAACGAUUUUUUGAUGGACAUACAAAUGUCAUAUCUGCCGUGACUGUGUCAAAAUCCGGGAAGUACGUGUGCUCUGGUCAAGUGAAUUAUAUGGGUUUUCGAGCUCCAAUAAUUAUAUGGGAUUUUAAAACUGGUCAAAUUAUUACUAAAUACGAAGCCCAUAAAGUACGCGUCGAGUCUGUGGCGUUUUCUUGUUGCGAACAGUUUUUAAUAUCCUUGGGUGGUCUCGAUGACGGUUCCGUUCUUGUAUACGAUAUCGAGAAAAAAGAAGUCCUUUGUGGGGCGUCGUCUGUUAAGUCAACUGCCGGCUGCACGACUGUUCUUAAACCCGUGUACUUGCGUGGCGAGUGUUUCAUCGUGGCAGGAGAUAACAUCCUAAGACUGUGGACGUUGAACAAGGAACAAAGGAACAUCCAAGGGAUGGAUGCUUCAUUCGCGAAGAUUAAACGGAAAAUCCUGUGCGCCGAAAUCGAUUAUUUAGACGAGUAUGCAUACUGCGGUACAAGUACGGGGGACAUCAUGAAAAUCAAAUUGAACUUCUCGUCAGACGCUACUGUCGUAACGCCGUCUCAUUCCCCGACGUUGGUCGGAUGUUUUGCCAAAUAUCCGACCGUCAAGAAACGAAGUCCCAAAGCCGUAGAGCUGUACAGCAAAGGGAUAACGUCGUUGUAUCUGAUCACCAACGAUACGAUGGUUGUGGGAUCGGGCGAUGGCGUAGUGGAACUAGUGAAACAGAAACCCCUGACCGGCAAGAAGACCAUCAGUUGUAAAUUCGAUACCCGGCUAGCUACACCCACGUGCCCGCUGCUGGUGGCUCUGAAAUCGGCCAACGUCGAUUCGACCGUGACCAGUAUUCAACUCAUGAACAACAUCCUACUCGUGGGCACUGUUAACUGCGAGCUGUUUACCAUCCAUAUGGACGAUUUCGACGUCACUUGUAUGUUCACGUGCCACACUUCGGUCGUCUACGAUUUGGCGUUCCCGCAUAACUAUAGCAGAGUGUUCGCGACUGCUAGCAAAAACGAUGUGCGCGUUUGGUCGGUAGAUACGCUCCAGGAACUGCUGCGGAUCACCGUACGGAACUUCACUUGUUCUGGCGUGCUGUUCUCGUUCGACGGCUCGCAGAUUGUUACGUCAUGGAACGAUGGCACAAUCCGAAUAUUCACACCGGAAAAUGGGAGGCUCCUAUACGCUAUAAACAAUUGUCAUAACAAGGGUGUUACUGCCAUAGCCAUGUCCAAGGACGGAAAGAAGUUGCUGAGCGGCGGCGGCGAGGGCCAGGUCCGCAUAUGGCACGUGGAAAAUCUGACCGGCGCCCUGCAGGCGGUGCUAAAGGAACACAAAGGCCCUGUGAGCUCGAUCGACGUCCACCAAUUGGGCCACGAAGCCAUCACGGCCAGCGCGGAUGGCACUUGCGUCGUUUGGGAUAUCGUCCGGUUCACGCGAUUAUCGAUCAUGUUCUCGUCCACGAUAUUCACCAGUGCCAGGUACCAUCCAAAUGGUGCGCAGUUGCUCACAUGUGGCACCAACAGAUAUAUAGGAUUCUGGGAAGCACUCGACGGAUCGUUGAUCCGUGAAAUCGAAGGAUCUUCGGCAUCAGCACUUAAUUCGUUGGACGUUACGCCUAACGGUUCGUAUUUAUACUUAAUUUGGGCUUUGUUCCUAAUUUACUAUAAAAUACUUAAGGUCCCAUAUUCGUAGAAAUUAUUAGUCUAGCAUGAGUGUUGUGUGUACCUAUAGUAGAAUUCAGUAUUUGAAUUGUUGAAAUUGAAAAAAAGAGACAAAAAAAUAUGAAAUACAAAUUAAUUUUAAGUCAAUUUUUAUAUAAAUUAGAAGAAAUACGUACUUACAUUUUCAUUUUUCAGGUAUGUACUUAGAUACCUAUACAUUUUAGAUUCUGAACGUAGCGACCUUUUUUGGUGUAUUUUGGACCUAGUUAGUGCAUUAAAAAGAUCAUUUUUUGAUUUUCUAAUAAGUAGUUUUCAUUGGCAAAACUUGGAAAUAAUUGUACAGGAUAAAUUGACAAAUAUUUACGGAGCGCCCCGGCGUUACCGAUUUCAUUAUUUUAAAUUUGUACAAAUUGAUUUUUACAGGAAAUCUUGCUUUUAAAAAUUCAACAUUUUUGACGUGUUUUAAUCAAAACUUCUUAAAUAAUGGUUUUGACGAAAACAUUAAUUUUCAAAAUCAGCGUCAAAAAACUAGGUUUAAAAAAAUAAUUCGUGAGAGGCACGGUAAAGAAGUGCAUCCUACCUUUCUAACUUCCCACCUACAGGUUACAACAGUGGCACACAUGUGCUGUGGAAUUAUUUUUUGAAAUUUUGCCGUUUUAAAAACGUUUUUAAUUUCGGAAAUUUUAGGGUGUGUUAAGGUCACUGCUUACUGAGAUGAUGACUUUUUGGGUACCAAACAUUACAAUAAUCUUCUAUAAAACUGUAGUUGUUUUAUAUAUUUUAAAAGUACUUUGUGUAUUUGAAUGGUAAUCUAUAUUAGUCAAUAGUUUAUAUUACUACGUCCUACAUAUUUAUAUUAUAUUUCUGUAAAGAUAAUUUUGACCACUGUUCGUUUUUGCUGCAGGGAAGUAUAUUGUGACCGGAAGUUCAGAUCAGAUGGUAAAGGUUUGGCUGUACAACGAGGGGGUGCCCACGCAUAUCGGAGUGGGUCAUGCGGGAGUCGUUACCAACGUGAAGGUGAGCCCGGACGGCCGGUCCGUGGUGAGCACGAGUGCGGAUGGCGGCAUAUUUUUGUGGCGUUUUCCGCACGCCGCGGACACCGCACCGUCUAGCAGUCGGUGCAGCGUGAACAGCGUCGGAAGCAACAGCCUGCGCGCACAGCAGCAGACGGACCGCUCGAGGCAGCUGUCCCUGAAGAAGGCGAUGCCGGCCCGGAAAGAGAACAUCGACACUAUAUCCAAGACGCAGAAAGUCCGAGCGGUUGCGAAUGGCGGCAGCGGUGGUCGGACGACUAACGACUGUGCCGGUGACGUGAGCAAUACGGACGGUGCUAUUAAGUGUCUGUGCCGGAGCGAGACCACUUGCACCUGUACCGGUGAUGGAGACGACCGCAGUCGCGGCCGGAAGAGCAGCAGAUCAUCCGUCCGAUAA